UUCGGGCAUAUUACCAUAUUAGGCAAUCCACAACACGAACUCCCCAAGGGAUCAUGGAUUGGUCCACGUUAUUAUUAUUUCGUGUUGGAGUACCACAGGAUGGGCUACGAAUUAUACGUUCUGCGGACGACCCUGGGGCCCUCACAAACUCGGCCACACUAUUCUCGAUUUUUACAGCUCUUUCUUUGGCCUACGUUUCACUUAUGGCAAUUCUCGACUCCGCCACGUUGGUGGGAAUCGCACGUGUCUCAGUCGUUGCAAGAAUUACGAAUUUCCUUCAUCGUCCAUUCUGUCAAUUCCUAACUCUCGAUGAUCUCGCACAGUUUGGCUUUACCACGGUCCCACGGUUGGAGCCUUCCGUAUGGAAACGUAGAGCGAUCAACGUUGCUUUCGUACUUCAGCUAGUCUUGGCUAUCGGGCAGGUCGUGCUGGCUCUGUCUGAGGGGCUAGGUUCGAGGUCUAUCUUCAUUCUCAUCGCAGGAUGUGUUUCUUGGGUUUAUGUAUUUGCAAAGUCUCUUGUGCAAAGGAAGCCUACGGUGCCAUACUGGUUGAUUUGCUUCAUCUUGCUCAACUUGAUAACCUCCAUCUUCGGCAUCUUUCGAUCAUUAUCCACCUUCACAUCCCCUUCACACCCAGCUCUCAUAUCAAUUUACGCCAUUUCCGUCUCGAGCAUGCUGAUCAUCCUUGCCAUCCUUGCUACAUACCCCAUGCAACACAUCUUACCGGCUCCCAAUGUUGCUCUUGCGUCGAAAGCGGAGUGCAUUCCUUCUAGCGACCUGUCGUCUCCCGAAGACUCUGUGACUCUGUGGAAUUGGAUCACUUUCGAUUUCAUGGAGCCUAUUUUGCAGCUGGCUUCCAAACGUACCUUGCAGAUCGAAGACGUAUGGGAUCUCCCACCCACGUUUAAGCAUGCCAAUAUCUUUGGUAAAUACCUUGAGGUUCAGAAGGAGCAUCCCCAAAGCCUCCUCUGGUUUCUUUUGUCUUCAAAUUCGUUAGAUCUUAUUAUCGAUGUUGCUCUGAAGAUGUGGUAUUCCGUAGCAGGUUUUGUGCCGGCCUACUGUCUCAGUAGGAUACUUGCUUCUCUUGAGGACCACUCGCCUGGAAAUAAGCAUUACGACGCUUACACGUUUGCCUUUAUCACAUUUUUGGUCCACAUGUCAACUGCUCAGUCAGAUCUGUUCCGUCAGUGGCAUUCCAGACGUGCUUAUGAACGGACUAGAGGACAAUUGUUCUGUCUGUUACAUUGGAAAGCGCUCAAGGGGAAAGACUUGAGGGGGAGAAUCUCUGAGAGCGCGAGCAACAAGAGUGGCGAGAUCGGUAUGGAUGUGGGAUCAGACGUUGAAAGUAACGAAACUCACUUGGAAGAGAAGAACGCCGCUGAGGGCCAAACGACCGGGAUUGGGAGGAUUACAAACUUGAUGUCAGGCGAUUCUUAUGCUGUUGCCCAACGUUUCUGGGAAUUUUCUUCUGUCCUCACUGCACCUGUGAGGCUUGCUAUCGCUCUUAUCUUUCUCUACAGUGUCUUGGGGUGGUCAUCUUUUAUGGGUGUCCUUGUUGUGCUUUUAGCAUACAUUGUCACAUGGCCUUUGGCAAAGUGGAAUAUCGCGAUUACGAGAUCCUCCUGGGAAGCAAGAGAUUAUCGUAUGUCUCUUGUCAAUGAGCUCAUCCAAUCCAUUCGUUUCCUCAAGUUCACGGGAUGGGAAUCACAUUGGACGCAAAAAGUCAAAGCUGCUCGAGAAAUAGAGCUUUCAUGGAGGGUAAAAGAAAAUAUAGUUUCGACGAUACUAGGUUUCAUCUGGGCUUGGCUACCGAGUGCGGUUAUACUCGCUGCAUUCUACUCAUACACCAUGCUUGCUGGGGAGCCCCUCACUGUGUCAAAGGCCUUUGUCUCGAUAGCGGUAUUCACUCGGUUAAAAGGGCCAAUGGAGGAGUUGCCAACUCAGAUUUUUGCGCUUUUACACGCGUACGUUUCUCUGCAGCGGAUUGAAUCGUAUCUUCAAGAAGGGGAAGUUGAAGAUUGGGCCACAACGCUGAAGCGCGAGGAAUGUCGGACGCCGUACAGCCUGAAGGAAGCUUCCAAAGUUUGGAUCAGAAAUGGAACGUUCGCUUGGCAUGCUGUGGGUGGACGUCAGGAUGGUCAGGUCACUUUCAACACUCCUGAUUCACCGCGCUCCGUCUCUGUCGCAAAAGAAUUCAUUCUGAGUGACAUCUCUGUGGAUUUUCCCCCCGGUACGCUUUCCUUGGUCACUGGGCCCACUGGUUCUGGGAAAUCGUCCUUGCUUUCUGCGCUUCUUGGCGAGAUGGAUCGCGUGUCGGGCACUUUGCACCUCAUGAAAGGGAACAGAAACGUUUCUUAUGCUGGUCAAUUUCCUUUCCUUGAAAAUGCCACCAUACGAGACAACAUUGUAUAUCAUCAACCGUUCGAGAUGACUCGUUAUCACGAAGUCUUGGAAGCUUGCGCGUUGCUACCUGAUUUACGGAUUCUUGAUGCUGGGGAUCAGACAGAGAUUGGAGAGAAGGGCGUGUCCUUAUCGGGAGGUCAGAGGGCAAGGGUUGCUCUGGCACGGGCCAUAUAUGCGAGAAGCAAGGUGGUUCUCUUAGAUGACUCCUUAGCUGCAGUAGACAUGCAUACUGCACGUCACCUCUUCAAUCAUUGCCUUAAUCCCAGAGCAAAGCUCACGCACGGCCGAACGAUAAUUCUUGUCACACACCACGUAUCGCUUUGCCUUCCCGCUGCUUCAUACCUUGUUGAACUUGGGGGUGGUCAGGUUAUUAAGCAGGGACCAGUUGAGGAACUCCGAAAGUCGGGUAUUCUGGAUGUUGCAGAAGAAGAUGACCUAAGCGUGACUCCCCGCGAGGAUCCCCCCUCUUUGGUACCGGAUGACAGCUCAGAGACAGUAGAUGGAGAUGAAAACGAAGUCAGCUUCGGCUCCGGAACGCUCGUCGACGAGGAAACACGUGCGGAGGGAAGAGUCUCGGUGCGCACGUACCUGUUGUACAUUAGAUCAGCAGGCUGGCUGUCGUGGGUUCUGACGUUCUUACUACUGGUAUUUAUACGCGCGGUUGGGCUUGCAGAACAAUUGUACAUCGCCAAAUGGGCGGGUGCUUACCGGGACACGACGAACAGGAUGGACUACGUCAUCAAGCAGAUAGGGUUUGGUCUUCCGACCCUCCCGUCUCCUUCGAGCGACCCCUUGCCAUGGUUACUUCUGUAUCUUACGAUCACCCUUACCGGGGCUCUGGCGGUUCUUUUGAACGUCGUUAUUGGGUACUGGGCGGGGCUCCGAGCAUCUCGAUCGCUUUUCAUCUCCAUGCUGGACCGGGUUGUGCGCGCUCCAACUCGAAUAUUUGACAAGACUCCAAUAGGACGGAUUCUCAAUAGGUUCGUUGCGGACGUAGGCGCCAUUGAUAACGCUCUCAACGAGUCCUCGCGGAACGCUCUCCGUGGAACGCUGGAAUUCAUCAUAUCUUUUGGGAUCAUCGUAAUCAUUGUCCCGCGUUUCACACUGUUGGCCAUGUUCAUCGCCUUCUUGUAUAUUCGCAUCGCGCCUCCUUUUGUCCGCGCGGCAAGGGACCUCCGACGACUAGAAUCCAUCAGUCUCUCGCCAGCUUUCGCAGGGUUUGAUGAACUUUUACAUGGCCUUCCUCAUGUGAGGGCAUAUGCUACUGAGCUGAUAUACCAAAAUCGGUUCUACUCACGCGUCGACAAGUUUCAAACCAUGGACCAUGUAUACUGGCUGGCUCAAAUGUGGAUCAAAUGGCGAUACGACGUUUUGGGGUCUUUCGUCGUGUUUCUCACGACAUUGUUCGCACUGGUCAGCGGUGUACACGAGAGUUUGGCAGCCAUCGUGAUCAUCCAGGCCGGCAUUUUUGCUGAAGCUUCAAGGCAACUUGUGAAGGUGCUUGCACAAGCCGAGCUAGACUUCAAUUCCGUGGAGCGUAUCAAAGAUUACUUGGAGUUAGAUCAAGAAGCGCCUGCUCGCUGCUCACCCCCUCCUCCGGCGCGCUGGCCUUCCUCGCAUGGUGGGAUCACCUUCGAGAACCUCGUGAUUCGCUAUGCGCCACAUCUCCCGCCGGCUCUCAAGGGAGUCAGUUUCACCAUUCAUUCGCAUGAAAAGAUUGGCGUGGUUGGUAGGACCGGGUCUGGAAAGAGCACCCUGGCUCUUUCGCUUCUUCGUAUUUUGGAAGCGUCUGAAGGUCGAAUCAUAUUGGAUGGCGUCGACAUUUCCAAAGUUGGCUUAGAUGACCUCAGGGACAAACUGACUAUCGUUUCGCAGGACGUGGCUUUGUUUUCGGGCACUGUGCGCUCAAACCUUGACCCAUUUUCAGAACAUACAGAUGCAGAAUGCUGGGAUGUGUUGGAGAGAUGCCAAUUGGGUACUUCUAUAAGGGCGGGAACUCCACGUUCCACACACGCCGGGGUUGUCAAAAGCCUGGAUAUGAAAGUUAGUUCAGGAGGAUCUAGCUUUGCUGCUGGACAGAGGCAGUUGUUAGCACUUGCGCGCGCUAUGCUUCGCCGCAGUGCCUUCGUUAUCUUGGACGAGGCUUCAUCAUCUAUUGAUCUCGUCACUGACAAUCAGAUACAGCGCACAAUUAGAGAAGAACUUGCUGACUCAUUGGUCAUCACUAUCGCUCAUCGUCUCAAGACGAUCAUAGAUUAUGACCGGGUUCUCGUCCUCGGCAACGGUGAAAUUUUACAGUACGACACGCCCCAAGAAUUGUUUGCAAGAGGGGGCGCAUUCCGAGAUAUGUGCGAAGAAAGCGCGGACUGGGAGGAACUUAGACAAGCUUUCACAGCAGCGUCAUGAUAGCAAUGCUUGUACGAUGAAUUUUUGUACGGAUACAUAGACAUACAAGAAAGUCGAACUCAACCAGGAUGA